CCAGCGCUGCGCAUGCAAAAGAUGAGCACAAGAGAUGCUGCAGGCGUUGCGCGACCCUGUUACUGUCUUUAGUGGUGGUGGGCAUCGACAUGUAAAACGAAAAGCAGUCCACCGACGAUGCCCCCUCAUCUCAAUGCAUGCUUUUCAAGAUUCCACACCAUCGAUGGUCGCCAUUUAUAUUUCCGCCACCCUUUCCUGCCCACUCAGCAACGACCAUUACAUGAAAAUUCUCUUUCUGGUCCCUUCAUGUACAAGUGGAGUGUUGAUGAUGCUGGCCAAGCUAGCUUACAGAAUUCUUCUUCUGCUACUGCUGCGGCUUUUCCGUUUCAUUGUCAAUUUCUUGGCGUCAAAUGCGAUACCGCUGGCUCCGUCAUAAGCAUUGAUGUGAGUGGUUGGUCUCUAACAGGUCAGUUCCCGUCUCAUAUAUGCACGUACUUGCCGGAUCUGCGUGCUCUCAACAUUGGUAACAAUUUUUUACAAGGAAAUUUUCCAGUUGCCAUUAUAAACUGCUCUUACUUAGAGAUUCUCAACAUGACCAAGAACCAAUUCUCCGGUGGCAUACCGGAUCUCUCGCGGUUGGGAUCUCUACGCGUUUUAGAUGUCUCCUUCAAUCGAUUCUCCGGCAAGUUUCCCAUGUCGGUAACGAACCUGAGUGCAAUUGAGCUACUGAAUUUCAACGAAAAUCCGGCUUUUGAUCCAUGGGAGUUACCAGAAGCGAUAGUCCAGCUACGGAAAUUGAGGACUCUGAUUCUGAUGACGUGCUCACUAAUCGGCCAGAUUCCGGCAUUCUUGGGGAACAUGACCUGGUUGGUGGACCUCGAACUCGGCGGGAACUGCAUCACCGGGCACAUUCCGCCAGAGAUUGGAAGAAUGGAGAGCCUGAAACUCUUGGAGUUGUACUACAACCAGCUUACUGGGGAGAUUCCUGCUGAGCUUGGUAACUUGUCACAGCUCGUAGAUAUUGAUCUCUCUGUCAAUGGUCUCACAGGAAGCAUCCCGGAGACUCUGUGCCGGCUGCCGGCUCUCGCAACACUGCAACUAUAUAAUAACAGCCUCACCGGAAAAGUUCCUCAAGAAAUUGGAAACUCUACACGACUGAUCAUAUUGUCUAUCUAUGAGAACUACCUUACAGGUAUGCUACCUCAGGAUCUUGGAGAAUUCUCGAACCUUGAAGUCCUCGAUGUGUCGGAAAACAGACUUACAGGUCCGCUGCCACCAUCAGUAUGUAAAUCCGGGAAGUUGUUGUACUUCCUAGUGCUUGAAAACCAAUUCUCCGGUGAGUUGCCCGAGUCCUAUGCUAGGUGCCUUACUUUGCUAAGGUUCCGAGUAAGCAAGAACAGCUUAUCUGGUACGGUUCCAGAACAACUCUGGGGACUACCUGUCGCUUCUAUAAUUGAUUUGGGUUAUAACGAUUUCGAGGGAUCAAUAUCUCCUUAUAUAGGAAACACAAGGAAUUUAUCUGAAUUAUAUGUUGCGGGAAACAGAUUCUCUGGACGAAUACCACCAGAGAUUGGAGCUGCUUCACUUUUGAUCAAACUUGAUCUCAGCAGAAACCUGUUCUCAGGUGAGCUUCCUGCAGAACUGGGAAAGCUAAAGUUGCUUAAUCUGUUGUUGCUUCAGCAAAACAAUUUCGUUGGACAGAUCCCCGAAUCUUUCUGUUUGCUCAAGUCCAUUAACCUCCUCAAUCUUUCAAACAAUCAGCUUACAGGAACUAUCCCUGAAUGUUUCUCCAAACUGCUACCCAAUUCUCUCGAUUUCUCGAAUAAUCAGUUAUCUGGUCCGGUGCCAGUCAACUUGAUCAAAGGAGGGUUAGCUCAAAACUUGGUAGGCAAUCCAAAUUUAUGCCUAAGAGAGCAUAUGCACACCGGGUACCCUGUUUUCCCUUUCUGUGAAAGGCCUGUGAAGAAACGAACGCUCAAUAGUGUCUGGGUAAUUGGAGUCUCAGUGAUGGCUGCCUUCUUAGGCCUCCUCUCAUUUUUCAAACGUUUGUUAGCUAAAGCAAAUAUAGGGAUGGAAGACAGUGGUUAUGCACUUUCUGCCACAUCUUGGGAUAUCAAGUGUUUCCACAAGCUCAAGUUUGAUGUAUAUGAAAUCCUCGAACAAUUGGACCAGAAGAACAUAAUUGGCCAUGGAGGGUCUGGGACGGUCUACAAGAUUCAGCUGGGCUGCGGCGAGUCAGUUGCCGUCAAGAAGUUCUGGACUAGAAAGACAAAGAACUCAGCUUCUGAUCAGUACUACCUGGACAUGGAGCUCAAAGCAGAGGUGGAAACGUUGGGGAGCAUUAGACAUAAAAACAUAGUGAAACUCUACUGCUGCUUCUCAAAUGCAGAUUACAAUCUGCUUGUGUAUGAGUACAUGCCCAAUGGCAAUCUUUGGGAUGCUCUUCAUCAAGCAGGGAGGAGCUUGCUGGAUUGGCCGGCACGACACCGAAUUGCAGUCGGAGUAGCUCAUGGCUUAUCCUACCUUCACCAUGAUUCUUCACCACCCAUAAUUCACAGAGAUAUCAAGACUACAAACAUCCUGCUGGAUGCAGAUUUUCAACCCAAAGUUGCAGACUUUGGGGUAGCCAAGGUUCUUCAAGCUCAAGGAGGGGGGGACUCUACAAGUGUCAUAGCUGGGACCUAUGGGUACUUGGCACCAGAGUAUGCAUAUUCAUCCAAGCCAACUGGAAAGUGUGAUGUAUACAGCUUUGGAGUAGUGCUCAUGGAAUUGAUCACUGGGAGGAAACCACUAGAUCCAGAAUUUGGUGAGAGCCAGAACAUAGUGUUCUGGAUCUCAUGCAAGGCAUCAACAAAGGAAGGCGCAGCGGAGGUCCUCGACAAACGAUUGUCGGCUGCGUACAAGGACGACAUGAUCCAGGCACUGCGGAUCGCCAUGCGGUGCACUUGCAGCCUGCCGGCGCUCCGGCCGGCCAUGAAUGAGGUAGUCACCAUGCUUAUUGAAGCAGACCCUCAAGUUCCAUGCAAGUCACUAAACAAGGUGAAGAAUCUGUCAUGAAGAGACAAGAUCUUCCGGGAGAGAAUCAGAUUACUGGCAAGGCAUUAGCAGAGUGGGUUGCCUUUCUCUAGUGGCUUUGCUUUCAUCUUUAUACUCUUUUCUGUACCUUCUCUUUUUUGGGUAAAAGCUUGGCAAAAGAGAGAGAUCAAAAAGGAUGAUGCUGGCUUCCUUUUUGUAAAUAGUGAGAUGAAUAAUGGAAACACAGCUUGGUAAUCACGCUAAGCAUCUUCACUCAAAAGAAGGAAUUGCUUUCAUCAUGGAUUCUUCAGCCUCAAUAUUAUUCGUCUCCCAUCAAAAUUCAGAACGAUUGGGAGAGAUAAGAGAAAGAAAAAUAAAGGGAAUUGGGUUCUGAGAUUCGAAAUCUUACUGAUGUAUA